AUGGGCCGCCGCAUCUCCGUGGCCCUGGCGUCCGCGUGCCUGCACUGCGCGGCGAGCGCCCUGGAGCUGACGCCCCAGAACUGGGCCGAGCACGUCCAGGGGCGGACCGUGUUCCUGAAGUUCUUCGCGCCCUGGUGCGGGCACUGCAAAAAGCUGAGGCCCGAGUGGAGCAGGCUAGCAGCCGACUUCAAUGUGGACUGCACGGGCGGGGGCAAGCCGCUCUGCGAGCGGCACAACGUGACCGGGUACCCCCAGCUUCUGUGGGGCAGAGCACCCGAGCUGGAGGUCUACGCCGGAGGCCGAGACUACGCGUCUCUCAAGCGCUUCGCCGACGGGAACCUCGGGAGCAGCUGCGGGCCUGGCGAUCUGGGCCUGUGCAGCCAGGGCCGCCGUGCCCUCCUGGAGAAGUUCAUGCGCUUAUCCCCGGAGCAGCUUGACGGCAAGAUAGGGGUGGCAGAGAGGCAGCUGAAGAGGGCAGAGUAUGCCUGGAUCACCAUGGAGCAUAACAUGUCCGAGAAGCUGAAGCGUGCCGAGAGGCGCAGGGACAAGAAGAUCCAACAGAUCAAAAGGAAACACAACCUGCUCGACGGAUCUCAGUCCGGUCAGCGUGAGCUGACCCUGGAGACCUGGGAGAGCGCGACGUCUGGCAAAGUCGUCUUUGUGAAAUUCUUCGCACCCUGGUGUGGGCACUGCAAGGGACACUCCCCGGCAACCCCCGACGAGAACGACUGGGACCGCCUCACGGGCGACUACGAGGGCACCGCCGGCGCCCUGGUGGCCGAGGUGGACUGCGCGGGGAGCGGCAAGCCGCUGUGCGAGCAGCACGGCGUCACCGGCUUCCCGAGGCUGCUGUGGGGCAGCCCGCCGGAGGAGCUCCUGAUGUACACCGGGGCUCGGACCUAUGCCGACCUCAGGCGGUUUGCGGACGAGCACUUGGGCCCAACCUGCGGAUCUGGCGAUCUGGAGGCAUGCGAUGAGACGCACCGGUCGUCCAUGGAGGCUCUCGCUCAGCUGUCGCCCGAGAAGCGGGAGGCCGCAGUGAAGCAAGCGGACCAGGAGAUAGAGAAAGUUGUCAAGGCGUUCGAGAGUACGCACUGGGAUAUACUUCUUGCGCUUGAUCUGGCAGAGCAAGAAAAGAACAACAAGACCAAAACGAUCAACGAUCAAGGAUUGGCUGAGGCUAAGCAGGUCCAGGCCUGGAACAAGAAGCAGCCGCCUGGUUUCUGGAAGCCGCCGGCCAGGACAGGGAACGCACCCCAGAGUACUCUGGACGAGCUGGCUGCAAAUUUUGACAUGGCUUUCCAGUAUUUCCUGGACGGGCAGAUGCCUUUUUUUAUAGUUUGUUUGGUCGCAGUAGGGGCGCUCAUCGCUGCGUGGAGGCGCCAGAGUUCAGCGAGUGACGAGGAAGAGGAGUGGUGCGACCUCAGACACAUCAUUCUGGAUAGCGAUGCGGACGUUUCGAACGCUAGGAGGAGACUAGAUGCUGGGGAGAGCUUCUCCGACGUCGCUAAAGAGUGCAGCACGUGCCCCUCUCGUGCUGUUGGCGGCUCGCUGGGAAGAGUAGCAAAGGGCAAGAUGACCCAGCCUGAGCUUAAGAGGGUCUGCUUCGACCCAGCUUCGAAGCUGGGGGAGGUCCUCGGCCCGAUCAGGACGCAGUUCGGCCUCCACCUUGUUGUGAUUGAGUCCAGGCACAGCAUAACUCUGCCGACUGUGGCACAUCGGGUGGAGGCCAAGAAAGAGCAGUGA